AUGGCUCAGCUGACGCACAUAAGCCAAUACCUGCAAUACAAGCAGGACAUACGAGACGUGGCUACCUGGCUUCUGAGGGCGGAUCACGACUUAAUGUCCAGAAAACCCGGCAGACUGAAGGGCAAGGCACGUAUGGCCGCCAGGGAUCUGCAGGCAAAUAAUGCCCUGCCCCCUGAAAGCAUAAACGACCCUCUUUCAAAGGAAAAUGAGCUUUAUUCAGCGGGCGACGGCGAUCGUGUCCGGCCGAUACAACACGGAGGUGAAGAGGAAGUCGAUGACUAUGUUAAAGCAGCAGUAUUAGUUAACCGGUUCGAGGAGCUUGACGGCCGAAGCCUCCGGGCGCAGCAAGACAACUGA